AUGGACGCUGAGUGCCCGCUUGGAUCUGUUUGGGUCUGCACGAUUCAAGCGGCGCUGGCCCGUGCUUCGCAGUGGGAGCGAGACCUCAAUGCCACCAGCGCCUGCCCGUUUGUCCAUCUGUCUGCCGCUGGCGAGCCGAAGCCUGGUGGUGGGGACUGGCUGCGACGGGCCACGGCGACGUGCGGAAACAGCCCCAACCCAGCCCCUUGUUGGCUGCAGCGAGCGGCAACUCUCUUCGACUGGGCCAUCGGCGGCGGCACCAGCGUGCGCGUGUGA